AUGGAAUGCUGCGUCGAUUUUACGGAGGAGUUCCAGGACUUUACGGAACGGCAAGACGAUUUUACGGAACCGAUCGACGAAUUAACGGAACCGUGCGAUAACUUUUCGGAACCGUACGACGAUUUCUCGGAGCCGUGCGAUAAGAGGGGGGGGGGGGGGGGGGGGGGGGGGGGGGGGGGGGGGGGGGGGGGGGGGGGGGGGGGGGGUUGGGGGGGGGGGGGGGGGGAUGGGGGGGGGGGGGGGGGGGGGGGGGGGGGGGGGGGGGGGGGUUGGGGGGGGGGGGGGGGGGUGUUGAAAUAA